AUGCCAUUAGUAAAGAGAAAUAUUGACCCCAGGCACCUGUGCCAUACAGCACUGCCCAGAGGCAUUAAGAAUGAACUGGAAUGUGUAACCAAUAUCUCCUUGGCAAAUAUAAUUAGACAACUAAGUAGUCUGAGUAAAUAUGCUGAAGAUAUAUUUGGAGAAUUAUUUAAUGAAGCACACAGUUUUUCCUUCAGAGUCAACUCUUUACAAGAGCGGGUAGACCGUUUGUCUGUCAGUGUUACACAACUUGAUCCCAAGGAAGAAGAAUUGUCAUUACAAGAUAUCACCAUGAGAAAAGCUUUCCGGAGUUCCACAACCCAAGAUCAACAGCUGUUUGAUCGAAAGACUUUGCCAAUUCCAUUACAAGAAACUUACAAUGUUUGUGAACAGCCUCCACCUCUCAAUAUACUCACUCCUUACAGAGAUGAUGGUAAAGAAGGUUUGAAGUUUUAUACCAAUCCUUCAUAUUUCUUUGAUCUAUGGAAAGAAAAAAUGAUACAAGACACCGAAGACAAGAGGAAGGAAAAGAGAAAGCAGAAGCAGAAGAAUCUAGAUCGACCUCUAGAACCAGAAAAAGUGCCAAGGGCACCCCAUGACCGGAGGAGAGAAUGGCAGAAGUUAGCCCAAGGACCCGAGCUUGCAGAAGAUGAUGUGAACCCCUUACACAAGCCAAGUGAAGUUGCUAAUGGCCCAGCCUCUCAAUUUGAACCAAGACCUCAGGUAUAUGCGGAUCAUAUGGAUGCCUCUUAUUCACUUUCUGCAUUACCCUUUAGUCAGAUGAGUGAACUUCUAAACAGAGCUGAGGAAAGGGUCUUAGUGAGACCACAUGAGCCACCCCCACCUCCUCCAAUGCAUGCAGCAGGAGAUGGAAAACCUGCACCUACUUGUAUCAGCUCUGCUCCAGGCUUGGUAGAAAGCCGGCCACAGUCUCCAGCCACAGGCAGAACAGCGGUGUUUGUGAGCCCCACACCCCCACCUCCUCCACCUCCUCUUCCGUCUGCCUUGUCCACUACUUCAUUAAGAGCUUCAAUGACUUCAACCCCUCCCCCUCCAGGACCUCCCCCACCUCCACCUCCAGCUGCUGCUCUUCCGGCUCCAGCAGUGCCGCCCCCGCCAGCUCCUCUACAGAUCGCACCUGGAGUCCUUCACCCAGCUCCUCCUCCGAUAGCGCCGCCUCUGGUGCAGCCCUCCCCGCCAGCCACUAGGGCUGCCCCCGCCUGUGAAACUGUGCCCGCCCACCCACUGCCCCCCGGGGAAGCGCAAGGGCUGCCCCCGCCACCCCCGCCGCCGCCCUUGCCCCCGCCGGGCGGCGCGCGGCCCGCGUCCCCAGUCCCCGUCGCAGCUCUUUCUCAUCCUCUCUCCGGAGUCCACCCAGGCAGCCUUGGUGUAACGGACCCACAGAAGCCAGGGUUUUUCCCAGGGGCUAGGAACAGGGCCAAGUGUUGGUGA